GAUUCUAGCAAUUCUUUUUGUUUGCUUCAUGAAACUAUAGGGUGCUUUGGACGGUGGUCUUGAUAUCCCACACAGUGACAAGAGAUUUGCUGGUUUCAACAAAGAGAACAAGCAACUUGAUGCUGCAAUCCACAGGAACUACAUCUAUGGUGGCCAUGUUUCAAACUACAUGAAGACAUUGGCGGAAGAUGAGCCAGAGAAGUUACAGACUCACUUCAGUGCUUACAUUAAGAAAGGAGUUGAAGCUGAAGGCAUCGAGGAGUUGUACAAGAAGGUUCACGCUGCUAUUCGAGCAGACCCCAACCCAAAGAAAACUGUGAAACCUGCUCCCAAGCAACACAAGAGGUACAACUUGAAGAAGCUGACCUACGAAGAGAGGAAGAACAAGUUGAUUGAGAGAGUGAAGGCAUUGAACGGAGCAGGUGGUGAUGAUGAUGAUGACGAGGAUGAUGAAGAGUAAAUCAGACCAGCCUUUGUCUCAUGCCUUUAGUAGCUUUUUACUUGUGUGUUUCCAGACUAAAACAAUCAGUUUUUGUUUUCACAUUUUAGUUGCGUUUGAGGAUUUUGAUAUGGAGGAUAUGUUUUCUUUGAAGAAUUUAUCAUCUAUCUUUUAUUACACCACAUCUUC